AUUUGUUAGGCCUACUAAAUUACGAAUGCAUUUUGAAAGUGGGUGUUAUUAAGAAUUACUGCGAUGUGUUUUUGUGGUGUUUUGGGGGUAUGUACAUGUACCUGCAGGUACAUGCAUUGGCAUCUAUAAAUAUACUAAUAUAUAUAUUUUUUCAUGUUUCAGAGUUUCUACCGAUUAGGUUCAGCCUUGAUGGCACUAAAGCACUACGACCGUGCUCUGGAGAUUUUAAAGGAUGGACUAAACAUAAAGGCAACAGACGAGGAAAAGUACGAUAUAUUUAAGAAAAUUAUGGAGCUGGCUUUCAACGCUGGAGGUAUAUUAUAACAUUGAAUGUUUUGCUUGUAGGUAAUUGUUUUAUAAACUAAAUUACGAAAAUAUUUCAUACACUGUACAAUACGUCCACCGCCCGACAGAUGAAACUUGGACUUCUUGUGGAUUUGAAUAUGAAUUGAAUUGAAAUGCUAAUGCGUAAAAUGUAUGAAAUCAAUGAUGAAAUGUUCGUGCAGCAAUAAAAUAUUAGUGACUGGAAAGGACAUGUAAUAUUAGUGACUGGAAAGGACAUGUAAUAAUAAUUUUUUCCUGCGAUGCUGUAGUUUCUUUCCUAUAACUACGUUUAUCCUAACCCAGGGUGGGUUAACUCAACUCAUUAAUGUUUUUUUAUGUAGAUGGACCAACAAAAGUUACCUUCGAACUGCCCCAUGGUUGUUUGAGUAGAUAUCUGAAAGAAUGUGUCGAGAAACAUUACUGGAAGUCUUUGGAAGUCUUCCUACUUGGGGGCGGUGGUCAUGGAUCGUAUGCUAAAGGCGAAGGUGGAAUUGCAACUGGCAAUUGUGAUCUCAAGGAGAUCUCCUUGUGUGAUGUUAUAAAGUCAAACCCUAAACCAAGCAUGUAUUACGAACUCAUCAGUGUCCUUAUUGAUCAUGGUGCUUUGGUGAAUGGUCAUAAUGAGCAAGAUAUUCCAUUGGCUUACGCAGUGAAUUACGAUGAUCACGAUCUUGCUGUUGUUUUGCUGAAGAAGAACGCAAACCCUCAAGGUCUUCUAAGAAGUAAAUCUGGGAAGCAUGACGAUACGCCAGUUCACACUGCAUUCAGAAUUGGACUUUCAUUAGGUAAUCAACCUUUUUUUAAGUCGGACAAGAGCUUGAUAUUGCUCUGUAGUUUAUAGGGCAAUUUAUUAGCCUGCAAGAAGGCACUUAUUGGAGCCUGUCUAGUUGAAAUAGACCCGCCCGGAAAUUGUUAAUUGGAGAACUAACCAAAAAGUUGAAAGAGCUACAGUAACCUCUCAGGGGUUUCAGAAUGAUUUGAAGUAGGCGGUUGUACCAAAAAAGUAGCCGGCUGUGACUGAUAGUUAAAAAAUCGCGCGGGGAGGGGAGCGUGUCCUCACAUGGAAAUUUAAUUUUAACAAUCAAAUAAUAUAGAAUACGUAAAAAGACAAAGUACAACUGUUAACUGUGUCGGUAUUUGUAUUAGCAUUUCACAAGACAAUUAGCAUACCAUAGAAUAUGUAAUUAUGUAUAAAGGGCUGUCUCAUGAUUAAGCCAGCAUCAUUUGGAAUGCAUACUUGUACGAAGAUAGA